UUAAGCUGCUUAAUGUGCUGCUUGUAAUACCAUCAAUUGCGCCUGAGGAUAAAUGAAGUACAGUAUUUUUCUCUUGCUGAUUGUGAGGACACUAGAGUAGCCCUGCUGGUGAAACAUGGCGGUACAUCUGUAAUAAUUGGAGCGAACAUAAGAUGUAAAUAAACAUCGAAAACAUCGUAUUUUCGACAAAAACGCCUAUAAGCUGUUAAACUAAAAAUAAGGCUGUAAUCACUUUCAAAGGUUGAGAAUGUUAAUAACGUUAAGAAUAUUUAUACAAAAUUAUAACAUGUUAUCUGUAUCUAGUUCGAUUAAUUAAUUUCAAGAAUUAAAAUAAACGGGAUAAUACAGCAUAGACAAAAGGCGAAAUAUAAGGGUUAAAAUCGAUACUACAAAUAAUUUCUAUUGUCAUUCGGUGAGAAAACUUUUACAACCUCUGAUAGUAUUAACCGCCAACUUUUGAGACGGAUGUUGACAGAAGUCCAAGUGUAUGAUAAUGUAUUAAAAAAACCGUUUAAAUAAAAAGUGCGUAUCAUCAAUGAGGGCAAGAACCGCUGGUGCCAUAUUUGAAAGGCAAGGCUGGGCAUUGGGGUUGAAGGAAGCUUGUCCACCCGGUAGUCGGAGCCGAGCGGAGGGGGGACUCGACAGCGAGAGCUUCAGGCGGCGGUGUCAUAGAGCUGGCGACGGACACAGACACAUCUCCUCCGCGCUUUCCGCAUUUCUUAAGCGGACGUUGAAAUGAUCAUCCUACAGUCGUAGUUGCCUUGUUUGUAUUACAGAAAGGCCGAACCAUGUAAUUGGAAUCGGAGGCGUCUGCACUCCCGUGGUCAAGGACCUCACCCUACUUCACUAGAAUGUACUUGAUGAAUGCACCUCCUGUCGCUGUGAGGCAAACAGAAUGGAGAGCAUGUCGUCCACCCGGAGGCUUUAGCCUUCAGUGCUUCAGUGACUCUGACGCAGAGUUGUCAACCAGAGGCACACCUAUCUCAAAUAAGGUCCAGAUGAUCAUAGAGAGCCUAAGGAGCAGCCAGUCCUCACUUGAGAUGGGCGAUGAGGUCGAGGGAAAUGUGCUUCCAGGACGAGACAAUCGUCUUCUAAAAUGCCAGGCUGCGGGCGAGGCAUAUGCGGGAGUCAAAUCUAAAAUGAAGGUGUCCUCCAUAACUCAGCCGACAAACGUGUCCUCCACAAUCAAAGUUGAGAGCAGUGACACUGACAGUGAUGAUUCUGUGGAUAGAGGGAUUGAAGAGGCAAUCGCUGAAUACCUGAAAGAGAAGGACAACCACAAGCGUAAAGCAGAUCCGUGCCCUGCAUUGCUGCCCUCUUCAAAAAUUCAGAGGAAAAAUACGCCCACUUCCGAGAUGACUAAGGAGACCUCUGUAAACAAUACACAUUUGAUUGCAGGCAACACUUAUCCCAAAAGUGUCCUGGCUGCACCAGCUGUUAUACCCAUCAAAAAGUAUAUAAAAAUCAAGGCCUCUUCUGAUGACAACGUUAACAAUUUGAAUUGUAGUAAAAAUACUAUGACCAACGUUCCCCUGUAUUCCAAAGAGUGUCGCACUGUUGCAAUGAAGGCAAAGGAGGACUCCACUGAUUCAAGUAGUGACGAUGGCAUUGAGGAGGCCAUUCAGAAAUAUCAGCUGGAGAAACAGCAGUUGCAGAUCAGAAAGGAACCCUUAGGUCAACGUUCAGACAAAGAUGAUUCAGACUCCACAAGUGACGAUGGCAUUGAAGAAGCUAUCCGCAGCUACCAGCUUGAACAGCAUAAGGAAGUGUUAAAGCAACUUACACACACAAACAGUCCUAAUAGUAAGUCCCUUACGCACACUGUCGGAAGUAAAAGCACUGAGACUACAAAGAAAAACAAAUUGUCAAGGAAAAAGAUCAAAAUUGAUAAAGAAAUGACAUUAGUUUCUAAAACAUCUGCUGUCCCACCCAACGACAUGCUGACAGAAGAAAGCCAGAACGGCAAAGGAAAUGGAUUACUUUUAUUUAAAGGAGAAUGUUUCAAGCAUCAACCUACACCCAACCUCUCCAAGGUGAAUACCUCUGCAGAGCUUAUGUGUGCCGAGGCAAUAUUGGACAUUUCAAAAACUGUUAUGCCCGAGGUCUUUCAUCAAAACAUGGAGCUAGGCAGCUGUGCCCCCGCUGAAUCUGCCCUGCAGCCUGCGAUUCCUCAGCCGGAUGAAGAAAGUGAUGACAGCUCAAUUGACAGUGAAGAUGGCAUUGAGCAAGAAAUCAGAAAGUUUCUGGAGCAGAAGGCCCAAAUGCACAAACAGCCACCGUCCUCUACUGUGUCUCAAAGUACAAGUGAGUUGAACAAAGUGAAAGAAAAACAAGUCGUGAUCCAAAAGAGAUAUCCCAAACUGUCACUGGCACAGAGAAAUAGAAGGAAAGAGGUAACACUAAAUGGUUCGGGCACAGAAGAAUCUGCAUCUAAACAUCUGCCUGAUCAAAAAGAGGUGAGUGCACCGAUAGUUACAUCCAGACCAGAGCAAAGUGGAGAGAAAAGCAGCUCGCUAGACAGUGACGAGGACCUGGACACUGCCAUAAAAGACCUGCUCAGGACAAAAAAGAAGUCAAAGAAAAAGACGAAAGACUUGAAGCAAAAAUCAAAGAAAUGCCUUCAGGGGGAUCAACCACUAUCAAGUAAUACGUCACAAAAGAAAGGACUUAAGCCUUGUGGCUUAAAAAAAGUGCAAAAGAUUAAGAACGCUAUGAAGGACAAAAGUGAAUUAAAUAAAAAGGGCAUGUUGCAGCAUAAACAAAUGGAUACAAAUAACAAGCAUGGACUUGAAACGGGAAUAAAGCAAUAUACCGAAGAUCAAAAUCCUUUAAAUGCUCCACAGACAAAGGACGAUAGUAGUUCAGUAGAUAGCGACGAUAGCAUUGAACAAGAAAUAAGAAGGUUUCUGGCUGAAAAGGCCAGAGGUUCAACGGCACAGAAGGACCAAGAUACAGUUGUGUCAAAGACUGACCCUGCUGUUACUCACAGUCCAGCUCAGAAUAAAGAUGGAAGUCUAAGAGAACGUUACACCACCCCUUCAUCUGGACUAUCUCAUAACACAUCUCAAGACAGUUCAACACAGACAUUGAUGCCAGAUUUCCCAACUUUUGACUCUCUCUCACGUACUUGCUCAGCUACGACCUGCAGUCCCAGUCUACUGCAACCAGCAGAUGGAGCAGGGGCUGCUAGAACUACACAAAUGAAGCCCUGUGUCGGAAGAGUCGAUAUGCAGGAAGUUGCAAUUAUGAUGGAAAGAGUUGAGCCAGAUUUGAGCCACAGUGUAGCCUAUGCCCUUUCUGAUUCAGUUAAGUGGCACCAAAGCGUGAAACUCCCUCUCUCUGACCCAAGGACUGUCACUCGAGUACCAUUCCAUAUCACAACGUCCAAAAUCAACAAGACCACACCAUCUCUACCGUAUCCAAGCAGAAGCAUCCACUCUACAUCCACUAGCACACAGACUCCCCUUGCUGCCUGGUCCUCCACAAUAACGUCCGGCCAUUCACCAUUCCCAUGUUCUACAGGGAAGACUGUACAUAGCCCACACAGACCACCUGUUGUGACCUGUUCGUCAACUGCCAACCAGCAAUCAAGAGUAUCAUUUUCAAGAAUGUCGUCGACCAGCCUCAGGUCCCCUUGUCCUGUACAAGGAGAGACGGAGAGUAUGGUGCACAUUUCUAAGGACAAGAGUGUGUUCGUGGAACUAGAAUCUGAUAGAACCAACCACGUCCAGGUUCGCAGCAGAGAACAGAGAGAGGCAAAGGCGGGAGUGGACCUGACAAUUGUAGUUAAAGAGGAAAGUGAACCCUUGAAGAUAGAUGAAAAAAAAGAGGAAGAAUUUGUAGAUGAGGCAGAGUGUGAGUCAGACAACACAGGAGACCCAGUGAAGCAGGGCUUUGCAACAUUGUCUUUGUCCCGAACUAUUGACCCCGGCAUAACCAUCAGUUCUUACAUAGCUUUGAACACAGAGGAAAGGAGCAAGAUGUUCAGGAGGUACCUGCCUGAAAAAUUCCAGGAAAAUGCUGUCAAAAGAAAGCUCCAGCUUGUGUCAGUCAACAGGUAUGAAGCCCUGACCUUCAUAGUAACACAGUCACACACUGCUAAAAAACCAAAACUUAACUACUUUUGUCUUUGUUGCAGGACAGAUACAGCGCAGGGCCGUACAGCACAGCACGCUAAAACUUCCUUUUCAGUCUGCAGCUUUAGUUUGUACUAAAAUCGUUUUUUUGUGCUGUUGCACACAUU